ACUGCAGACCAAGGCGCGGUUUGACUUUGAAUCGUCAAGUCUUGGGCUCCUAUCGCGAGUUGCGACUAGUAUUCUGUUCCGUCCCCAUCGAUGCAGUGGCGCAGCAUGCUAGUAGUGGUUACGGCACCUGCGAAUUGGGGGAAAUCCGAGUGAAGGCGCGCGCCACGGCAGGCGAUGGCGUCGUCAACCCUGCCAACCGCGUGGCGUCGCAGCUUUAAAAGGCUUUGCGGGGGAAGAGCCGGAGGCCGUGCACUUGCGGUUGCAGUCGCAGAGAGCUGAGAAGCGGACAGGAAAGGCAGGCGCUCAGUUGGCAGCUUGAGAUCGACCGGGUCGUUUUGAGUCGGAUGGCGGGCGGGAGCGCGAGCAAGGUGCGGGAGUGGAUGCGGAAGCGCAUGGCGCCGAGGAGGAAGGCGGCCGGCAUCGGCGACAGCGGUAGCAGCGGCGAUCAUCAGUCUGCGCCGGCGUCGCCGGGGCGGAAGCUCCUGGCGGGCGCGGUCCCGUCGGCGCUGCGGUGGAGGAAGCCACGCGGGAACGCGCUGGCGGCGCUGUUCCGGUGGGCGACGUACCACCUGCUGUGGCUGGUGGAGUCCGUCGUGGUGGUGGCGCAGCUGGUGUUCUUCUUCGUGCGCUUCGGGUUCAGGCUCUGAAAAAAAAAAGCUCUGCCUGAGUCGCGCAGUACCGGGAUUUGGGGUCGCCAACGGAUCCCGCGAUUCUUUCGUUUUUCUCUUGUUUGUUUUUCUGUUCACCACUUCUCGGUGGCUCUUUCGGUUUCCAUCACCGCAAGCUGUAGAUAACUUGUUCUUGUGUUUUGGAGAAUGUGUAAAUUGCUCCUGUAAUUGUCUUCACAAGGAAGGUUUUUUUUUCCAAUUCCAUUGAAAAUGUCCUUGCUUA